CGGCAGACCGAACCGAACCGAGAAAUGGUAUCCAAAAAUCAAGACACGAGCAUAUAGCCGACAAGCGAGCCACUGAGCCGCCCAAGCCAGGCCAAGUGUGAGCUUUUUUUUGGACGCGAGGCUUUAAAAGCGCCAACGCCGCCGGCCACUGCCAGAGUUUUAACAUUUGAUUAACGCAACUCGCGCGCGCAACUCGACUAACUGUAAUCGCAAUGGCAAAUCGAUGCUGGAAUUGCCAACGAUGGCUGGCAAGUGUUCUGCUCCUGCUGCAGCUGCUCGGCAAUGGGUUGGGCUUUCCGGAUGGUGCACCCGCCGAUACGUGUGUUAAGCAGCGUGCGAAUCAGCCCAAUCAUGGCAAGGCACGCACCCAGCCGGCGCAAACCAAUCCAUUUGAGGUGGUCGCCAGCGCACAGAACUAUCAUCCCGGCCAGCAAAUCUCUGUGGUCAUUUAUCCGCAGCAGCAGCAUCAGUCGACGACGUUCCGUGGCUUCUUUCUGCAGGCGCGUGAUGCCAGCUCUAACGAGUGGAUUGGCGAAUGGGUGCAGAGCGAUAAUACCAAGACCAUACCCGAAUGCUCGGCCAUAACGCACUCGGAUAAUCGUGAUAAGUUGGGUGCCAAGUUAAUAUGGAAGGCGCCGCAAAAUAAACGCGGCAAUGUCUACUUUACCGGCACUGUCCUAAAAGAUUACGGCAAUUUCUGGAGCGACAUUGUGGGCAAGGUGCAAACGCAGCCGGAAUGAGCUGCAUUUAUUUUAAAACAUAAAUUCAGUCUUAGAAUUGUAUAC